UUCCAGCGCCCCCUUGGAACUCAGGGAACCACUCUGGAUGGUUUGGGGAUCCUUCUUCAGCUAGCGUUGAGAUCUCUCUGGGCAGAAUUAUUAUACAUCUGGGGCAGGCCCAGGUUCCUCCCAGGACUGGGAGUGGUGAUGGCCCGUAUUAAAGAAUAUCAUGUACCUGCAGGCUGGCUUGUGCCCGGUGCCAGAGCUGAUAACUUGUUGCCAAUAGCUAUUGUGAAAGACACUGUGAAAUUGUGUGAAAUACAUUACAGGGUGGCUUAAGAGUGCUCCCUCCAGUGGUUCAUCCUACUUGAGCGAAACUACCCCGUGUUCACCUAGCUCACUGCUGGGUCAGGCCAAGUCUGGGCAAUGCAAGCCCUCCGUGGCAUCUUAACCUGUCCUCCCCAGCCCAGAUGGCCUGGUUCCCCCAAGCCAACCCAUAGAACCGCUCAGGAAAUGAUAGGAGACGGAGGAAGGAGAAGUGUGAGUGCUUGGCAGAGGGAUGGUGAUAAGAUCUGCUCUCUGGGUCUGUUAGAGCUAAGUGGAUGGGAAACUGGCUCUGGGAGGGGAAAGUCAGUCUGUAGGGUUUGAAAGGAAAGUUUUCUUGUCUGUCUUGUGGUUGGAACAGCGGGGGAGGGACCUUGAAGUCGGAGACUUACCUUCUCUGAAUGUAACUCUCCCUGAAAAGGUCACCUGACUCAAAAAAAGGAGCUCAGGAGCAGACACUCAUUCACCCAGAAGGCUUCUGGGGGUUGGAGUUGAGGGGUAUGAGGAACGGUGUGGAUAUCUGGAAGACAAAAUAAUUUUUCAGGGAGAUGCCACUUCUCCUUUCUCUCUUUGUCCUCUCUGCCAAAUCUUGGCUUCUCCCAAGACUGCUAGCUGUUCCUCACCACCCCCAAUACUUCUUGGUUCCCAUCUUUUGGAAUCUCUCUAGGUCUCAAAAUUGUUCUGGAUCCUGACACUUUUGAGUUUGGGAAUGUAGGAUGGAGUCCUUUUUAGGGGAUGUCCAUGUGCACACAUGUGUGGUCACUAGGGUAACCAGCUCAUCCCCAUUUGCCUAGGACUUUUUCAGUUUUAGCACUACAAGUCUCUUGUCCCAGCCCCCUGAGUCUCUAACAAACUUAGAUGCUGGAUUACCUGAGUGGUCACACCGACCAUCACCCUAGGUUCUGCUUUUGUGACUGUUCACACCACCCAGGCAGAAGUCAAGUUAGAGGAAAUCCAGUUCUCAGGGUCAGGCCAGGGCCACCAAAACUGGGGUUGGACAGAGCUCUGGACUUGGGCGGGCAGAAAGUGUGGUUAGAGCGUCUAGUCUGGGGCAGAGGGAGAAAGAUCAGAGAGAGAUGGAGGUGGGGAGCAACGUGGAAGAGGAGGCAAAGACAACCUAGUUCCUGUCAGAAGGGGCCUCUGGGUGACCCCAGAGCUCUGAGCCAGAAGGUUCUAUCCUCAAACACUGACUUCAUGGCUUUCUUCCUGUCCUCGUGCACCAAAGCAGAGGCUUCCUAACUUCUGUUACACAUUCCCCAUCCCACAGGCCGGCUGUGGUCAGAAAGCUCUUCCUCAACUCUGCCUCCAGUUUCUGCUGCGGUUUCAGCCCAUUUGUUUUUAUCAUAUCCUCUAGCUGAUAGCUGCUGGGUCAACUCUGCUCUGGCUCGUCUCUUUUUUUAUUUCUUAAAAAAUUUUAAUUUACUUAUUUUUUGCUGUGCUGGGUCUUCGUAGCUGUGCACGGGCUUUCUCAAGUCGUGGUCCUCGCUAUAGCCAUGAACACUACAUCUCCUGCAGCACCCUCCUCAUCAGGAGUCAGUUUCAUCUCUCUGCUGGUCAUCAUCGUACUGUCAGUGGCGCUGGCUCUAGGGCUUCCUGGCAACAGCUUUGUGGUGUGGAGCAUCCUGGCAAAGCUGCGGAAGCGCUCUGUCACUGCCCUGAUGGUGCUGCACUUGGCCCUGGCCGACUUGGUUGUGUUGUUCACUGCCCCCUUUUUCCUCUACUCUGUGGCCCAAGGCACCUGGACUUUUGGAUUGUCCAGCUGCCGCCUGUUCCACUAUGUCUGUGGAGUCAGCAUGUAUGCCAGCGUCCUACUUAUCAUGACCAUGAGUCUGGACCGCUCGCUGGCGGUGGCCCUCCCCUUUGUGUCCCAGAAGCUGCGCACCAAGGCAAUCGCCUGGCGGGUGCUGGCCGGCAUCUGGGUGAUGUCUGUUCUGCUGGCCACUCCCGUCCUCUUGUACCGCACGGUGCACUUGGGAUUGAACAAUAGGAGCCUGACCUGCUUCCUGAAGUACCCCAGCGAAAGACAUCGGGCCUUCCAUCUGUUCUUCGAGGUGAUCACCGGCUUCCUGCUGCCCUUCCUGGUCGUGGUGGCCAGCUACUGCGACAUCGGGCGCAGGUUGCGGGCCCGGCGCUUCCGCCGCAGCCGCCGCACCGGCCGCCUGGUGGCGCUCAUCAUCCUGGCCUUCGCCGCCUUCUGGCUGCCCUACCACUUGGUGAACCUGGCCGAGGGGUUCCGCGCGGCAGCGGGCAAGGCCCUGGGUUCCGGACCGGUGGGUCGGAGGCUGCUCCUGGCCCGCCAUGUGCUCAUCACGCUGGCCUUCCUGAGCAGCAGCGUGAACCCCCUGCUGUACGCGUGCGCCGGGGGCGGCCUGUUGCGCUCAGCCGGCGUGGGCUUCAUCGCCAAGCUGUUAGAGGGCACCGGCUCCGAGACGUCCAGCAGCCGUCGCAAGGGCACCCUGGCCCAGACGGUGAGGGGCACCCCCGCCUCUCCCGAGCCUGACCCCGCCGAGAGCCUCACUGCCUCCACCAACCCUCUCGAGUAAAGCCAACUCAACUAGGCCUGCUGGGUGGCCGCGGUGCAAGAACCGUAGCUUUCCUUCUGGGGGAAUGCCCUCCCCGCUGGCCUGACCCAAUUUUUGACCAGCCCCCUCCUAACCCCAGGAAGAGAACGCUGGUGGGAGAGUGGAGCGGAAGGCGGGGAGGGGCACAACUCAGGGCUGAAUGGGAACCGGGUCCCCACAGGCAGCUUUACAAUUAAAACUGAAGUCUGAAACUGGG